AUGGCUGGGCCAAUUGAUCCGGAAGACGAUGUUGAGUACUCUGCGUGCGCCAACGCGGACGCUACCCCCGAGGAGAACAGCAUGUGGGCGCGCCAGCUACAGCAGCGACCGCCGCCAAACGACAACGGCGACGAAAUUACGUUGCCGGCGUCCUUCACCUAUUGCUGCGCAAAGGAAUCGGACUGCCCCUUUGACGAGCAAGAAGAGGGCAAGAAGCAGAUUGAAAUCCUGAACAAGCACUACAAUCCUGUCGGAAUCAGCUGGGUUCUCAGUAACUCCACCAAACUCAGCAAUGAUCCACGCUGCGCGACAACGACUCUGGACAAUAACAAACAGCAACUGGAAGAGCUGAAGGCACAAAACCGCGACGGUGGCUCCGAAGAGCUCAACAUUCUGUACCUGCCCUCUAACCGGGGCGCUGGCAAAAAGGGAGAGUGCAUUUCUCCUGAAGCCGGGAGCGAACCUCCUCCCAAGAAGAGUUCACUUGUGGAUUCUUGCGUUGUCGCCAUGGAUACCCUCCCUGGUGUGAAGAGCCAAGGAACUGGUGGUCAGCCCGGACAGCCUCAACAGACCGGUGGCUUUGGCAACUUCAUCAGCCGUCUUUUUCGUCGUCAACGACAACAGCCCCAGCAACCCAAAGGACAAGAAGACGUCACCACGGUUCACGAGGCUGGUCACUGGCUCAGUCUUUCACACGUGGGGCAGACGAACGGCGGCGGCGGCGGCUUCGGCGGCGGCGGCGGCUUCGGCGGCGGCAACCGCUUUGUUCCUGGCAGGCUGCGCCGUAGACAGCAAGGCAGAGAGGGCAACAUCAUGGAGCCUUAUCAAGUGUAA